CCCGACUCUCUGUGAAGCGGCGGGAGCAGAGGGCGCCGGUGCCGCCGCCGCUCCCGCUCCCCCCCGCCGGGCCGCGGAGCUGCCCCCUCUUUUCCCUGGGAGCAGCAAUGCGAGGCGCGGCAUCCUCUUCCUCCUCCCCCUCCUCUUCCUCCUCCCCCUCCCCGUAGCCGCCGGGGGGCCUUUGCCGUCGCCUCAGCCCCGCCGGUGCGGGGAGGGUGGGCCGGGCCGGGCCUUGGGCGGCUAACGGGGAGAGGCCCCCGGCGGUGCCGGCGCCAUGUGGCAGAGCAUCGGGCUGACCUUUGUGGUGAUCGUGGCCACCCUGGCCUGCGUGCUGCUCUUCAUGCUGUGCGGCUGGUACGUGGUCUGGCAAUUGUUUUUGUCUAAAUUCAAAUUCCUGAGAGAAUUAAUAGGUGAUACGGGGUCCCAACAGGGAGACAACGAGCCUUCAGAGACUGACGCUGAACAGGAGACUCCACCCUCACCUCAGAGAGGCAGACAGAAAUCUGCUCGACAGCGAAGGGCACCUACAGAAGACACAACUUAAAGUACUCUGAACUUCUGACUAACUAUGAAUAGGUUAAGCACCUCUGCACUGUGCCGUUCAGUGGUUUGAUCUUGCUGAAAAACUGAUUUUAAGAGGUAAUAUUAAUACCUGUGGACCUUUGCUUCUGAACUACCAAUGUAUGCUACUUUGGUAGAGGUUCAGGGAGGGAUUCAGCAGCGAGCCAUAGAAUACUGGAAGAAAGGAGGGGUGGAGAGAAAUCUCCAUCAGAAAAACACUGAGCUGCUGUAGCUCCUAUCUCUGCACACAGAUUAAAAACAGGUCCUGGACCAUAGGCUUAGCCUUUGCAUUAGUCUGAACAUAGUAAGCAUUUUAGACUUGAAAUGGUUUCUAAAUUAUUUUUUCUUUACAGCACUGUAACGACAUAUAGUGAAACUGAGUUAUUUCCUUAGCUAUAUAUGAAUCUAUAUUUUUUUUCUUCAACCUUGAGAAUGCAUGUGAACUUGAAAAAUGACCGAAAGAAUAUCCUGCUUCAGAAAGUGUUCUAAAGUGAGAUUUUAGUUAUGUUCUCAUAUAAAAAGUAUGAAUGAAAUAUGAAAAAUCAAUAUUAGAUGCACGUGAUAUGGAGGUUUUUAUUAUGUCCUUAAAAAAAAAAAUAAUAAUUGGGCGCUAAGACCUGUUUUCUUGGUUUUGGCAUAAGAAGGGUUACAGGUUAAACAGUCCUGCUAGGUUUCUGUAUGUUUUUCCUGAACCUUUUACUGUAAGUCCAACUUGUGUUGGAGAGGUGAAGGUGCGUGAAGGUGCCUGGGUGAUGUACUCACCGCUCGGUAUUCUGAAGCAUCAUCUUUGGAUUUUUGGAUACUAAGCACUUCUCUAGUUCACUUUGUACACCUUUACAUCAGGUAUAUGGUACCUGACAUAACUUCUUUCCUGGACCCAGUUAAGGCAUUCUGACCAAUUUGGUAGGCAUCACUGUAACACUUUGAUAGUGUUAUAGCAACAGAUUUGGUACCUCAUGUUUGCUGGAGGACUUACUGAUUUUUACUGAUAAUAAGCAGUUGCUUCUGUUUUCUUUGAGAAAGAGUUAUAGAGCUAUUUUGACAUUGCACUUCAGAAGGAAGAGCUCCACUUCUGUUUAGCAACUCUGAAGACUGAUGCAUGAUAUCUUUGGAACGAGGAGGAACGUGCAUGUACCACCUCUGAUGUGUGUGUGAGAGAACUACCGACAGGUCUUGUCAUGAUCAGCUUCAGUUUUCUCUCAAAGGUUGGAUUGGUGGUGGUGGUGGGAUCAUUGUUCCCUGUAUAAAAACUUAAACAAGACUACAAAAUUGGUCUUGUACUUUUAGCUGUUAAGAAAUUUAAACCUUGACUUCCAAACUUGUGGUUUGGUUCAACUGUAUGGCUAAAACAGUAACACUUUUUCAUCAAGUAGGCCUACAUCUGGGAAAAGAGCACUCUUCUAGUGCCUUUAUGUUUUAAUUUGUCAUCUGUGAAUACUGCUCAAAAGCUAAUGAGAGCAUUCACUUCAGAAAAUGAUUUGGAUGUUUCAGUAUUAAAACAUAUAAGAUCAGCCCCGACCUUCCUUUGGAGUCUAAUACUGGCACGUAUGUAUAAGCAUGCUUUUUAUUACAGGGUUACAUUUUCAAGCAUGAUGAGGCAGUGCUAUGCACAUAUCCUUUAAACACACGUAGAAAUAUUGGUAGUCUCCUUCCUCUAUGCUAUCUGUUGGCAAAGGAAUGCCUAACAAUGUUUUGUUUCUUUAAUUAGUAAAAUUCCCAAUCAUUCAAACUGAGCAAAAGCAAUCAAAUUCUAUUCCCUGCUGCUUUCGGUUGUUUGCCUUGCACAACUUAAGGUCACAAUAUUCUUCUGUCUGUACGUCUUGUCACACGAUGAGAUGUUCAGUUUAGCAGUGCUAAGCAAGUACUGGUACCUCUUUCUUAAGAAACAUCUUCAGCAUCUUUGUCUUGAGCUUUGCUAAUAUAGGCUUACAAAUAGAGAUUUUUUUAAAUUUUUUUUUUGUACUGAUGUAGGAUAUUGACACUCCACUGCACUUCACUUUUACUUAGACUUUAGUGUACAGAAGAUGGCAAAAGGCUGAUGCUUGUGGUAUCCCUGGCUGAGAUAAGUUAGCUUGGCCUCUGCUUCUGGUAGCUGCUGAAGAAAUGUGAAGUUGCAGCAAUAUAUGUGUAGCUAGUCAGGGUAGCUAGUCAAGGUGCAAGAAUCAAGACUCUGGAGCAUGAUAAUGAAGGAAAAAUCCAUGCGGGUUUGAAUGCUGACACUGAUCAAAUAUGCAAUAAGAUGGAUGUGGAACCUGUGGGUAGCUCAUCUGCUCUAGCCAAACCACUUCCUUCUCCCCUCCUUGCUGUAUGUGGGUGUACAUUUCAGUCCCCAGAGUUAUUUUCAGUCUCUUUUUUUAAACAGCUGAUGCUAUUUUUUUAACGUUGUUGUGACAUAACUGCCAAUAAUGCUGUCUGCCUAGUGUAUAACUUUAAUGAUCUUAUUAGUAGCAGGCCAAAGGUUUAUAUUACGCCGUUUGGAAGAAUUUUGGAAUGCUGAUGUCUUCUGUCAAUGCUUAAUUUUUCCUGAAGGAGUCUGUAGUAAAAUCUUUGUACAGGGCACUUCAUGUGAGCUUGUGAAAGUGAAGCUGUAUGUGUGAAAGCGUACUUGUGAUAAGACCUGGGUUGUGAUUGCUGGCAGUCCAAUAUACUCAUGUCUUUGAAUAUUUUUACCAGUGUACUUCUGAAAUGUUACUAGCGGGUAAGCACUUAACUUUGAUUUGACCCAUUCAAGUCUGAAACCUUACGAAGGCAACAGGUUACACGGUUGGUCUUGUUUUGUAUAGUAGGUUCUGUUUUUAAAACUGUUUAUUGCCUUAUUGUUGCAGCCAUUCUCUUGAAUGUAUCUUGGGUUCUUAUUUUAAAUAAAGUCGUAUCACUUUUUUGCAGGGGCUGUGGAACUUUGAAUAAGCAGUAAUUACCAAUGUUGUACGUGACAGUUAAUUGAAAACAGUUACUGCAGUGAAGGCUGGAACGAACAGUGUAGACUGGUGGAAAAAAUACAAAAGCUAUUGCUAAAAUUUGAGUGGUAUAAACAAUUCUGUUCAUGCUGAAUUGCAUAAUUCAGACCUGUUAGGGAGCCACUAAGGUUAUUAUCGUGGUGAUCUAAUGUUUGCCCAUGAGGCUAAUUCUAUGCAGUUCAUCCACUAAGCACUGCUGCUGUAGCUAUUUGCAGUAAAUGCCAUAUACUGUAACUGCAAUUUGUGAGCAACUUGCUGCUUAAUAUCAGGUUUUACACUGUACUAGACCUGUGUAUGUAAUUCUGUUCUGUUUGGAAAUGACCAGCAUAAAGAAUGUGUUCCAUGUGGUCAUUUGCUUCUUCAGUGUUAUGAUACUGUACCUAAAGCUUCUGUGGUUGUCUGUUUUCAUCAUUAACUGUUCCUUUAAAUGACUGCACAGAUGAAAAAUAAAGUAACCAGACUUGAUAUGAGUACUUGA